AUGAAGGCGCUGAUCAAUCUAGAUAACCUGGAGCAGUGCCAGAACCACUGGCAGCUCAAGACUGAGGCUUACCACAAUGAACACAUUUUUAUAGAUCCACCGAAGCUGAACUCUCCCCAUUCCUUGCGUGCAUGCGCACUGUGUGGCAUCGUUCCCACCACGGCUCUAGAGCUUCCCACCCUGCGUCAGCACGUUGAAGAUGUGAUGAGCGGUGCACGUUGGGUUGACACCAACGCUCCCACUCAAGUCACGACCCAAGAGGCAUUGAAUGCCUGCGCCGAGGUGGGGAUUGACGCGGGUACUACGCAGCAAAAAAUCCAGGCCUAUAAAAAUUACGUGCGUCAUGUGGCUGAUCGUAGCGAAGUGCUUCUCCAGGCGCAAGAGAUCCGUCGUCAGUUAAUUGCGGAGGAGGUCUUUGAGCGACGACGGAGGGCGCAUGUUGAGGGCAACAGUGUGCUCUGCUCGUCUCGUUGUGAAUCGGGCUCUCCGAAUGCACCUGAGCAGGGCGUCUUGCAGGCCUCGUCGCAGUCUAACGGCAACACGGUGGCUGCCAAGAUGUGGACUGCACACUCCGGAAGCGAUGCUGCAGUGACCCCCAUGGAGCAACUAGAACACGCAGCACGAGGAGAGGCGCGGAAGCUGCUGGAGCGAAGAGUGCCGGGUGGCUCUCCUUGUGCUGCUGUCUUAACCGAUGGAACCGUUGCCAAAGGCAAAUCGGCGGAGGUGGCAGCAGGAGAUGGCCACCCGUCGAAGGUGGCGAUGACGAACAGAGGUGUGGAGGCGAGGGCGACCCCAAUGCGCGAAGCCGAUGCUCCACCGGCACCUCCCAUUUAUCCCCGUGAACAGGGGGAGGUGUUUUACUACUACUGCGCAAACGCCACCGUUGCCGGACGUAUUUCAGAGUGCCUUGAAAGGAGUGUCCUUUGA